AUGGCUUAUCAACCGGAUAUAUCACAAAUGAAAUUUGCGGAAAAACUUAUAAUACUUAACGAUCGAGCAAUUGGUUUACUUACUCGAUUAUAUAAUAUCAAAAAAGCAUGUGCAAAUUCAAAGUAUAAACCAUCGUUUUUAAGCGAAAAAACAUUGGAAAACUGCAUAAAACAUAUUGUUCGAAAAUUUCCUGUUAUGGAUACACGAUCGAAUAGUACCGUUUAUCAUCAAGUUAAUGCGAUGAAACAUGAAAUAAUUAAAUCUUUAUCACUUUAUUAUAGCACUUUUGCUGAUUUGCUUGAUUUUAAAGACCAUGUUAUGCAAUUACUUACAGUAAUGGAUGCAGUUCAAGUUAAGCUCGAUAUUUCAGUGAAUUACGAUCUAACAACUGGCUAUCUAAAUUUAAUUACAAAUCUAAUUUGUUUGAUGAUAAUUUUAUCUCAAAUUGAUGACAGAAAAGCGGUUCUUGGUCUAUAUAACGCAGCUUAUGAAAUUUGCAAUGGUCAAAAUGAACCAACUUUUCCUCGACUCGGACAAUUGAUUAUUGAUUAUGAAAAUCCAUUAAAGAAGCUUACUGAAGACCUUGGACCUCUAAAUAGGCUUCCCCAUGCAUCUCUUGUCUCAUUGGCUGCAGUAUAUGUACGCCGAAAUAUUACUGCAGAAGCUUGGCGUAAUGCUCAAAUGUUAUCUCUGGUUUCUUCGCCACAACAGAUAUUAUAUGCUGCUCAAACAGAUACAAUUGCUUGUGAAUAUCUUUCUUUGGAUAUUAUGGAUCGAUGGAUAAUAUUAUUAGUAAUGGUUUUUCAUGGAACUUUGCUUGCUGAUUCUGUUGUAGCUAGUCUGUGGCAGCGUGUAUUACAAACUGGAUUAGCAAUUCGUCUUUUCAGAGACGAAAAUCUUUUAAUUCAUCAGGCUGUACAAUCAGUUUUCGAACCGAUCCGAGGUUACAGCAAGAAACUUCAGGAAGUUAAGGAUCAUUACUCAGUUGCACUUCAAACUAGUUUAAUUGUUCAUCGUGAUCGUCGCAGAUUUUUACGGGGUGCUUUACGGGAAUUAUGCUUAUUAAUUAAAGAUCAAAUUGGUCUAUUAGGGCCAAAAAUUCUUUUCGUUUGGAUGGCUUUAUCUUUUUCAAGAGAUGAAGUGAUAUGGUUGUUACGGCAUAUUGAUAUAUGGCCAACUAGUGGAGGAAAGAAAAGUAAAAAUAUGGAUGACAUCGUUGAUAAGCAAAUUCCAGAACUGCUAUUUUACAUGCAUGAACUGCGUGUACUUGUUCAAAAACACGGUGGUGUUAUUCAAAGAUAUUAUUCGCAGUAUGUGACUGGUUAUGAUGCUUUAGUACUCACUGAAAUUGUGCAGUCUUUAGAAGGCCUAUCCGAAGACGAAUCAACCCUUCUUUCUGAUUUCUGCUGUGAUAUUUCCCAUAUUAAUCAAGAUAAUAUCGAUUUUCGUGGAUUGCGGUUAGACUGGUACCGUUUUCAAGCUUAUGUUAGCAUCGCGCAUUCUUCAUUUUCUCUUUUCGAAGAUCGUCGUUUAGCAAUAACGAUGAAUACGACUGUAUUUCAUUUGAAAAUGGUCGAUCUUUUAGAAGAAAUGUUGCGAGAAACUUGUGAUCUCUCCAUUUAUUGCUUUUACAGUCGACAGCUAGAAAUGCAAUUACGUAAUUACGAAUUGGCAAAAGAAACUAUAUCAGUUAUUGGGCGCUUAUGCGAUUAUCAAGUAAUGAUGGAUGAACAGCUGUCACCAACAAACUGUGCUAAGCUCAUUGAAGAGCACGUUAGACCUAAAGGCAAAAAUGCUACAGCGCAAAAGGUACGUAUGAUGCCAGGUGACGAAAGUAUUCGACUUUCUCGUGAUACUUUAACGAUAUCUGAUAAAUUACAAACUGCAUUAUUUGAACUGUGUUCAGCAAUUGCAGCUUCCAAGCAGGUGUCUGUAGUCGAUCAUAUUUUUGCUCCGAGGGAAUAUUUUUCACAGCAGUUAGAGCAUUAUUUAACGAAUUCUUUGCAAAGACUUGCAAUAAAUGGUGACCAUCCAACAAGGCCGUCACAGUUCCUUUCAUCGCUUUAUUCUUAUAUGGCCAUUUUGCAAAACAUUGAUGCAAUCGUCAAUUUGGACAUCGCGCGGUUGUUUAGCAAUGUUUUACUGCAACAAACUCAGCCUCAAGAUUGUCGCAUGAAUGAAACUUUGACAUCUAUAUACACCAAAUGGUAUUUAGAAUUUAUUUUACGUCGUAUGAGUGCAGGUCAAAUAUUAUUGUCGCCUCAUCUUUUCACACUCGUUUCUAGUUCUAACUAUCCUCAGUCUUUCAAUCCAGAUCAGUAUACAGAUGCUCGAGAAUUACGCGCUUUAUCACAUAUGCUUGGACCUUAUGGAGUAAAAUUUAUGAGCGAACGCCUUAUUUGGCAUGUUGCUAGCCAGAUAACAGAACUUUAUAAACUCGUAAACGAACAUCGUGAUAUACUUAGGUUGGCCAGAAGCAGUUUCGAUAAGCCCGAAAAGAUGAGAGAAUUACUAAAUGCUUUAAGCGGUGAUACGAAAGAUAAGAAACAAAUCACAAAUAGUGGUCCGAUGGAUUCUUUGCUUCAGCGAGUAAUAAUAAUUGGUGAAAUUUUAUCAUUUCGAGAAUUACUUCAUUCGGCUUUGCAUGAUGUUCUCGAAUGUCGUUUACCAUUUCUCCUUUCAAUCGUUCACAAUCUCCAUGAAACCACAAAUGACCACAAUAAAUUGGUGAUUUCUGAAAUGUGUGCUGCUGUUGGUGUUGAUACUAGUAUUGAUGUAGCACUGAUGAAUGCGAUACGAACGCAAAUGCAACAGGUUUAUACAUCCGAUGAACACUACACUUUAUCAUGUUUAUUAUUUGUCUUCAUUGCACUUUCUCUGCCUCGACUUGCAAAUUCACAAGUCAAUUCAUUGAAUUCUACUCUCCAAGCAUCACGCAAUAAUUCCAUAUGCAUAUCUCUAGCCGUAAAUACUUUAGCUAAUGCUUUGUUCUGUUUGCAUGGUCGCGGCGAUGUAGGUGAAAGAAUGAAGGAAUUUCUUGCACUGUCGUCGAGCGGAUUAUUGCGUCCUCCAGAGGAUUCAAAUGAUUUUGAAAUUUUGAAAGGUCGCCAGUCAGUUUAUAUAAUUUUGGAUGAAUUGGUUAAGCGAAGUUCCCAUGUUUCUUAUGAUUUAUUGGAGUCAUGUUUUCCAUACAAUCUCAUCAGAUCGUCAUAUCUGCAUUGUUUUCGAAUGGAAGCUGUUAAUUGA